UAACUAAAGAGCCUAACAAAAUGUCAGUGACCUCCGGCACAUAAACGGUAACGUUACAUAAAAACUACUUUAUUACAUUUGCAGGUCUGUUCCUGUCUGCUAGUAAUGGACCCGAAUCAUUCAUCGUGUUGGGAAUCAAUUCUGGAGAAAGUUAAACCACAUAUACCAACCAUCGACUUCGAUUCUUCAUCCUCCGACAAUGAAGAUAUUAUUCACAUAUAUCAAAGACCAGCUGGUCUUUCCUUGAAGGUCCUUGAAGACUUCGACAGUUUUUCGUUGGAUGAUGAUGAACUAGAGCUGUUGGAACCUGUAGCACAGACAUGCUGGUCAGACGAACCCUGCAGCCAGAAUGUGAAGGUGGAUGAGGAUGAAGUUGUAGUCACUACUGCAACUCAGUGCUUUAUGCUACACUCUGAUGCCAAUGUUGAGGCAGAUGCUUGUGAGCUGGACGCUUCUGUAAAACCAAAUGUGGACAACACAAAAGCUGAUGAGGGUUGUCCUGUUCUUUCAUUUGCUAGACUUGACGAGUGGGAUUUGGGUGAUGUCCUCCAAAAUCUGAAAGAGGAUGGGUUGUCUCUGCUGCAGCAAGGUGUGUCAGUUGAACCUGAAACAACAAAUGCAGAUGGUGACAAGAACAGGGCCCAGCGGGAUAUAAUGGAAAGGCUAGUUGCUUUCACUAAAAGCCAGUCAUCUAAGUCUGUGUCAGAGCCUGUGAAAAGUUCAAAUCAUGUCAGACAGAGUAAUGUGUGGAACAAGUCAGGCAGGAUGGCAGCAGAGUUGCAGCCAAGCCACCAGGAAUGUCCCACUGUUUAUAUUGACCUGCGUUGCCCUGAGCCUUCAAUAAAAACACCAAUAACAUCCCCAAAUCUUUCAUCAACGUCCGAGUCACCAGCCAAACACAACAGACACCAGGAAACACCACCUUCAAAGAAACCCAGUCUUAAAGUGCAUAGUGGAUCACGGAUGGGGGACAGGGAAGUGACUGGCAAGAGCAUGUUGCUUCAGAAAAUAAGGGAGAUGAAUAGAAAUGGGAGUAAAUAUCCCAAUAAAUAUACAGAUCAUCCAUGUCCUGUGCUUGGGAAUAAAACAGAAGAACAGAAAGCAAAGCUACCCAGGACUGUAGAGUCUACAUGUUGCCAUGAGUCACACCAUCUGUGUGAAGAUAAACAGUCUUCACAUGUACAAUUUGAGUACAGAAACCCUAAAAUGGAAAGUCCACCAACAACUCAGCAAAGUACAAUGAAAAAACCAAAGCAGCAGAGUGACCAACAGAGACAGGAAGUUAAGCAGAUGUUACAACAUGAACAACACCAGCAAAUUCUUAAGCAACUGGACAUACACUGUCCAACCAAAUCAGUCAAUCAGAAGCAGCCAGCUGCUGAAAGAACCGAUGUCCUUUAUGAUUUUGAAGCAUCUCAUCUAGAGUCCAUCAGCACACUACCAGUGGAUAUUGAAAGCAAGGGGUGUAUGCUACUGAUCAUCAACCUCUCCAGUCCUGGUAUGGUCGGAGACAGAGCUUAUGGGAGGAAAAAACAUCUGUAUCCAGCUGCAACCCAAUCACACAUCUACAACACUUUAGUGGCUUGGUUUCUGUCUUUGGUCGGCCCAAACCCACAUCCCGAUGAAGAUGAAGUUGGUGCAAAGGUCCCAUACUGGGUUGCAGGACUUCAGCAGCUGUGGACAGAGGAUGGACUGGCUUUACAUGUGCUAGCCAGGGCUCGUCACUGUUAUACACCGACGAAAAGGGACAAAGACAUCCAUGCACCUUUCUAUUACAAUGUCAGCAGAUUCCUCUCUGAGACCUCACUCACUCUUAUUGCCCGCUGGCUACCUCAGCUCAAAAAUUUGCUAGACCAACGAGCCUUUACCUCACCCAUCCAUCUUCCCUCUUCCUGUUUAAGUUGUUUCAUCUCUGCCACCUCCAACAAAAAGGUUAUAGAUAGGACGUUUGGUCUCAGUCCAGGGUUUUACUGGCAGACUGUGGAAACUCAGGAGCGUGUUUGUAAGGGGAGAGAGACCACACUAGAUCUGCACACAGAGGUAUCAGUUGCUCUGGGGUGCAAAGCUUUCUUCCUACAGCCCCUCAUAACACACUACACCCUCCAGCUUGUUCUUGAGUCAGGACUUGAUGUGUGUGGUUUGCGGCUCCUGUAUCCACCAAAUGGGUUCCUGAGUGACGGUGCUGGUGCUGUACCAGUCAUCCAGAGAACUGAUGAGACCUGCCAGCCCGUUCUUGCCCUGGCUGUUCGGGGCCCUCAUGCUCACUCAGUUUUGAAAGAUUUAACUAUUUCCUUAGAUCCUCUGCUGCCCAGAAUAACAGAUCUAACCUCCCUCAACACUCUCCACUGCAGAAGUCAAGAACCUUCACUCUUCUACUCCUCUAGACUGGCCAGUGAAGUCCACAGGGAGCUGUGCUUGUGGUUUUCAGGAAGAUUCCAAGGAGGACGUCCACAGAAUCAGAACUGGCCUCUGAAUAGAGUUUCACCUUCGGAGGACGGAGUAAGAGGCAGCCUGUUCAAUUUAAGCACAUCACCUUCCUUUCUGUGUGCUACAACAAAAGCUGACUUACUCCUCGUGGUGUCGCCUGUCGUGCCACCAUGUUGCUAUGGCCAAGUUCUGGCUGUUUGUGAACGCAGGGGCUUCAGUCUGACGGGGCUGCAGAGGCUGCAGCUUCAGAGCAAUGGAGCUGCAGUCCUUGGACUCACCAACCAGCAGGCACUUGCAUUCUGCAGUCCACAUAUUGGGACCCCGGAUCAGGAGCAGCUGGAGCGGCCCUCUCACUGUCUGGUGUUGUUACUGAGGAAAGAAAAUGCGACGCACCACAGUGUUAGUCUUCCAGCAGCCCUAAUGAGAGAAUUUAAGGCACAAAAGCUUCUGGGUUGCAUCCAAUCCAGGCUUGAAGGUGUUCACACAGUAGAGUCGAGCUUCUGUUUCCACGCUGUAUCUUACAGCAAUAACCUGUUCCAUAUCUUUGUUAGGCGAAUGUGUGCAGUGCCAGAUCCCUCAGGUGUGAUCCUGUCCCAUCAGAAGUGCUCAUCCACCUCUAACAUGGAGCAGGUGGUGAUUUUGACCUUGUGUGGGAAGGACAUGAGCCAAGGCCUGAGCCUCCUACACAGAGUGCUGACAGAAGGGGCAGCAGGUGACGUACAACGCACAGGAUUCGAGCUGCUCGGCCUGAAGUAUCUGCCUGUGUUGACUCGAAUUCAGGCUCAGGAGCUUAGUCCAUACGAGGUGGGAGAGCAGCUCUGUCACAACAGCCUGGACAAUCUGAUGCCCUCUCCUGCCCUAGUGUGUGCUCUUAGACGAGUGGAUGGUUUUGCUUUGCUGAGAAAGCUCCUACCACACAAUUACCCUGGUAACCUCAGUGUCCUGAUGUCACCCACACCUGAAGUGGCUUUCAGACAAGCGUCCCUCUUCUUCUUUGAGCAUGAGACCAUUCCUGACCCACAGAUGCUGCUCACUGUGUGCCUAUUCAAGCCAGGAAUCUGGAACCACGCUCUGGCUGAAAUAGUUUGGAAACUCCAACUGAGUGGCCUCAGGAUAGUGGGCCUGCGUGUAGUGACCCUGGACAGAAGCAACGCUACCUCACUUCUGCCUGCAGAAAGUGACCCCUCAGACAUGGAGACCCAUGUGGAGUACUUGUGCUCUGGCUCCUCACUGGCUCUCUGCCUUGAGGGGGAGAAUGCUGUGAGAAGGCUGCUGUAUGUGCUGGGCCAAGAGGACUGGACAACCUGUUUUGGCAUGGCUCAGUCACACAAAGGCAUCUAUGGAUCAGAAUCAUAUCAGAAAGCAAUUCAGGAUGUGAAGAGGCUUUUUCCAAACGGGCUCUGCUGUUCUCAGACCAGCACAAUGAGACAGGAGCAGAUACUCAAGAUGUGCUCAGACCCUUUAGCCUCUGUGGAGCGUGAACAGAGCUGCACACUGGCCCUCAUUGCCCGGGAGUGUCUGUCACCUUCAGUGGCAUCAGAACCAAAUAGAGGGUCCCUGAUACACAGUGCUCUCUGGCAGACAACCUGUCUGCUGAUACCCUUAAACGCUCCACCCCUCAGCCAGGUGCCAUCCCAGCUGGACCUGCUGGAGCAGUUGCUGAGGUCAGGCUGCCAUCUGGUGGCAGGGAGGAUGAGCAUACUAGAUAAUGAGCAGAGGAAACAUAUCGCUGAGACACUGAAAGUGUCAUCAAGAGGCAAUGAUAAGAUGGCUCAUCUUUUCACUACACCCUGUCUCAUCAUGGCUCUGCAAGGGGAAAUGAUUGUGACCUGCUUUAACCUGAUCCUUGAAAGCAUCUACAAGGACAGGUCAGACCUAGAAAAAGUGGGGAAAAGGAUCAUCUACACCAAGAAUGAGGAAGAGGUAAAUCAUGAAUUCUGCUUUUUCUUUACUGCCUCAUUUAGCUCCUUUGUUAAAACCAAGCAGGUGUAAUGCUGUGUUAAGGUUUGUUGUAUUAUCAUGAAUAUUGCUUGGUUGAGCAACAUGUCACUUCUGAACUUAUGUUGUUCUCUCCUCCAGGCCAAGCAGCUCAUAUGUUACCUAUUUGAUGUCUUGUCUUCCAAGAGCUGUCAUACUAUUGUGCCAUGAAGUUCACAUUGGUGCAUAUGUUAGGUUAGGCUACAUCAGUUUCCAUUUUCACAACAUGUCAUGAAAAAUGUAAUUUAUAAUUCUAAUUGUUCAGGAAAAACUUGUGUUAGAUAAUUAAAUAUUUUUCAGAUCAGUGCAAUGUAAUUAAUGUUUUUCUUUGGUGUCCUCUUGACAUCUUCGGCACCAACAGUAUUCUAAGAACUUUAUUCUGUACCUUGUGUUUGAGACAAAGAGUAUUCACACACUUCAGAUGAAAAAUUAUUUUAAUUCUCAAGAUGAUAAAAAUAACUUUGUGAACUCUGUAAACCAUUGCAUAACUGUAGUGUUACAAUUUAACAAGUGUUAACAAACUAGUAAUACACUACAGAAAAUAUGCGGUACACAAUCCUCAAUGUAGAAAAGAAAAAUCUAGUAUUCUAAGACUUGCACCUAUUUUUGUGUUCACAACACAAAAAAUUUCGAUAUACCAACAGAAUAAUUUCUACGAUUAUCAGUAGAGAAUUUCCUACAUAUCCAUACAGCUUGUCACAAAAUAAGGGACAUAUUUUUUAAUCUAUAAAUAAUGUCUAAACCCACUGACAUUAAGUAAAUAUAUCUAUGAAAUGCAGUUUCCUCAGAUUUAACACAUUCUCUAUUAAAUCACUGUAUUACCUUGAGAAAAAUACAUUUCUUUCCUUAUAUAUCCGCAUUAUGCUGACAAAUAGAAACUUGAAAACUUGCAUUUGUUUUAGUUCUAAUAAAUUUUAUUGAAUAGCAGUUCACAACUAGAUGCUACAUCAUAAUGAAUUAACUGCGCUCCAUAAUAUCCAGUGACCUAUUAAUUGAAUACCUAAUUUAGAACAAUACAUUCAAUAUUUCAGGGCUUCAAUGUUAAAUAACAUUUCUACUGAUCUGUUCUAAAGUGUAUGGAACAAAUGGUUCCACAUUCAGAUUAUUUACUUUUGACAACACUUGUUGUACUAGUAUUUUACUUAAUUUGAACAGCUCCAUACAUCAUACUCAUAUACAUGUACAAGAUUGCAUAAAUCUUCAGGCUCCAUUUUCAUAAUAUUAAAAACAAAAAGACAACACAACAACUAACAAUAAUGCAAAAUAGAUUAAACUAUUCCAAUGCAGAGCAUAAUGAAACAUCUAAUACAGUUCAUUUACAAGAGUCUUCCUAUUUGGUGCUUUUCCUUACAAACAAUUGAGUUUUUGGUGCCAAAUGACUAAUUGAGAUCAAAAUUGUGUAUUCAAUGGUCAAGUAUUGCUGUGUUUUUUUUGUUUGUUUUUUAAAAUGGUAUGGCAAAUACAGACUGAGACAGACAAUUAUCAGUCAAUUCUAACCUUUGCUUCCUGCUGUGGAACUGGUAGGCAAAUCUCAUUAGAUUAGCUUUUUCCUUUUCAACUCAAGUAGCUUGAAUGCACAGAAUUGUUUAGCAAUCACAUUUGUGGUCCACAAAAAUAUUGUAAGGCACUGGAAUUUUGAUUCUAAUUAAACAUGUUAUAUUUUGUCUCAGACAUAUUCUCUUGAUACCAAUCAACAUAAUGUAAUUGUUAAAGGCACAGAUGUACAUGAAUGUGUAAUUGGUCCGUUAGAGAUACAUUUUAACAAAUCUAAAGUAAUGUAAAGAAAUGCAAGCUGUGCUUACUAAGUGAAUGUUAGUUUAAUUUCUUUUUAGAAAAUUUGAAUUGGGGCAAGUAGACCACAAGAGAAACCGACAGCCAACAACAAAUUACCAUAACAACAACUCAGUUUUAAUUAUGUCUGUAUCUGCCAUCAAUGUUUUGUCACAAUCAUCAUCUGUCCCCUGUAAUUUUACAAAAAACAAAAACUAAUUUGGACCACGGCUUUAAGGAAUAGAAAACAGUCAGAUAGAAAGAAAGCACCUUACAGUCACUGUAGGCCUAUCAUAACAGCAUAUAAUGCAUAACCAUCAAUUUCCAAAGUGAUUGUGAUUAUGUGGUUAAGCAAAAUCAACAAAUAAACAAAACUUCAGAACAGUAGUUGUAGUGAAGUUUAUAUGGCCACUUCAGAAGCACAAAUGUCAUUCACCUUUGACAUUCCUUCACUGUAGACAACAAAUAAACUGACACUGAAUCCUUGCUUAAAGUCAGCAUGUGCUAGCCAGUAUUGCACAAACCUGCCAUAAACGUCAAUGUAUACUUAACACAAAAUCAAAUAUACAAAUACACAUUUCUGUAAGGAUCUGACCCAUGCAUUUUUGAUCAUUUGUGUAUCAACUCACUAUAGCUAACUUUAGAUAGAAAAAGAUGCCAUUAAUUACUGUUAAUGAACAUUAUCUAUUUAAGGUACUAGGUGAUUACUUUUUUAAACUCAAUUUAGGUUUCUUACUGAAAUAAAACCAACGAUGAAAUGUAGUACAAAAAAGAAAUAACAACAGUACAGGUCUUUGGUAAAACUGCAAAAAUUCCAUUAAUGUUGUAAGCAAAAUCCAUUAGCAUAGUCCUGUUGUUUAUUCAGUAAGAGGAUAUAUGUUCUACUAAAUGAAAUAUCAAAGCAAAAAUCCAUCUGAAAACAGAAUUCCUGCCACUCACAAUGCUGGACUUUGUCUUGGUUUCAUCUGCAAAAGACCCGGCCCUGUUCACAACUACAGGCUGAUCUGUCCAAGAGCAAUUAUUUGAAUCCUGUUCAAGGGUAAAUUUUCCCUUUAGAAUACAUAUUUGGACAGCUACUAGAACACCACUUUGGUUCAUUUUUAGAUUAUCACACUAGACAUCAUUAAUUUAGUUGGCUUCACAGGCAAAACAAAAUAGACUGAAGGAUCCUGUGAAAUUAGCUGCACCGUACACUGAUAUCCAGUGUAUGGGGGUGGGGGAAGAAAUCCAACAAAAACAUUUACCUUCAAUCAAAUAAAAAAGGGGACAAUCUAGCAGUACAGGUUGGUGACAUCAUUCUAAGUGAAAUACGAAAGUACUGAAACUUUGACUCAAAUGCAUUUACAAAUGAAUUAUCCAAUCAAAUUAAGAGUUAGAUUGUUUCUGAAAUCUGAGCUGUGGAUGCACAACAACAUUCAAACAUCUAAAUGUAUAACAGGAAACUACAUUAAUACCUUUUCCAGUAGCAGCGAAGCUUGCAGAAGUUAUUAAGCCUUUACUACACUAAAAAUAAGUCAAUACAAAUAUUCUGGCAGUGUGACACAGUGCAAACUUUUUUUUUUGUCUUUUUUGUAGCUGGUUAAUAUAUCGCAUAACAUGCAAUACCAGAAGUGUUUAGGCUGCCUUUUAUGCUGUAAUAUAAUCAUGAAAAUGCUAAAAUACCAUAACCUUUCUUGAUAUUUUUCCUCUGAGUUGCUUAAUUGUCAUUUAUGUGAAUGUAAACAAUGCAUCUUCCCAUAUUCAUAAGUAGCAAAAGGUGUACCUGGAGAUACAUGAUUUUCUAUUGAAUUUAAAGCAAGAAUAAAAAGAUUUUUGAACACA